AUCAACAAACAGGAGAUGCUUCAGAGGAAGAAGAAUGCUGUUUUGGUAGAUGGUGUUUUUCUGAAUGGUCCAAUAGCAGAUGCAAGAGCAGGAGAGAAAUUUGUUGAAGAUGCCUGUAAGAUUAUAAUGGAAGAAGUGAUACAGAAAGCUGCUGAUGUAACAGAGAAGGUUUGUGAAUGGCAGCCUCCUGAAAAACUGAAAAAACUUCUUGAUCUGGAAAUGAGGGAUACUGGAGAACCUCACCAGCAACUCUUGCAGCUUUGCCAGGAUGUUAUACGAUACAGCGUCAAAACCAAUCACCCAAGAUUUUUCAACCAGUUGUAUGCUGGCAUUGAUUAUUACUCUUUAGUUGCUCGUUUUAUUACUGAAGCACUAAAUCCAAGUGUAUAUACGUAUGAGGUAUCACCUGUGUUUUUGUUAGUAGAAGAAGCAGUCCUGAAGAAAAUGAUUGAAUUUAUAGGCUGGAAUGAAGGUGAUGGCAUAUUUAAUCCAGGUGGAUCUGUUUCUAAUAUGUAUGCUAUGAACUUGGCUAGAUAUAAAUAUUGUCCUGAAAUAAAGGAAAAAGGACUUUCAGGACUGCCCAGAUUGGUCCUGUUUACGUCAGAAGAGUGUCAUUACUCCAUGAAGAAGGCAGCUUCUUUCCUGGGCAUUGGCACACAGAAUGUUUACUUCAUCAAAACAGAUGAAAGAGGUAAGAUGAUACCUGAGGAACUGGAGAAACAAGUCCAGCGGGCCAGGAAAGAGGGGGCAGCACCAUUUCUUGUCAGUGCUACUGCUGGCACAACUGUGUUGGGAGCGUUUGAUCCUUUGGACAAAAUAGCUGAUAUCUGUGAAAAAUAUGGCCUUUGGCUCCAUGUGGAUGCAUCUUGGGGUGGCUCAGCUUUGAUGUCAAGGAAGCAUCGCAAGCUUCUGCAUGGUAUUCACAGGGCUGAUUCUGUUGCAUGGAAUCCCCAUAAGAUGCUGAUGGCAGGAAUCCAGUGCUGUGCUCUUUUGGUGAAAAACAACUCUGACCUGCUUAAGAAAUGCUACUCUGCCAAUGCCUCGUACCUGUUCCAGCAGGACAAGUUCUAUGAUGUCAGCUAUGAUACAGGAGACAAGUCAAUCCAGUGCAGCAGGCGGCCAGAUGCAUUCAAAUUCUGGAUGACGUGGAAGGCUUUGGGAACUACAGGCCUUGAGGAAAGAGAGAACAGGGCACUAGCCUUAGCGAGAUACCUAGUAGAUGAAAUUAAGAAGAGAGAAGGAUUUCGGCUUCUGUUGGAGCCAGAGUACGCAAAUAUAUGCUUUUGGUACAUUCCACCAAGCUUAAGAAACAUGAAGGAAGGAGCUGAGUUCUGGGAGAAACUUCAUCAUGUUGCACCUGUAAUUAAAGAGAGAAUGAUGAAGAAGGGCAGCAUGAUGCUGGGGUACCAGCCGCACCUUGGCAAAGUCAACUUCUUUCGCCAAGUAGUGAUCAGUCCCCAGGUGAGACGUGAGGACAUGGAUUUCCUGCUAGAUGAGAUUGAUUUGCUUGGCAGAGACUUGUAGCUGUAAUUCAACAGCACGAGGCACAGCAUACAUGCAUGAUGUUUACAGCAGUGAAAUGUUUGUAUGUACUGAUACUAUCUUGCAAUGGGUAGGUAAAAGUUCAAUAAUGUAGCUUAUAACUGAAAUUUUAAUAGUGAUGUUAAGGAUUUUUGCAGGUAGAGAUUGUAUUUGCUGACCUGGGCUCUGUGGUAGUCAUAGCUGUACAUAGCUGCUUACAACAUUUGCAGCAAUGACACCAUUGCUGCUGUUCUGAGAACUGACACUUUCAAGAAGUGACAUUUCUGAGAAUGACAUCGGAAGUCCUAAUGGAGCUGGUAUUGGGAAGAUACCCAGAGAUAUACCAGUAGCCAAUUUGGCCCAUGCUAAAUGGACAUGACUACACUGAAGUUAAUGCUGGAGGGUGAAUUUAGCUCAGUGAGUAUUAAUGUAAAAGUACAUUUCUAGUAUCUUACUAUUUUAGGGUUAUGUCAUGCAUUUAAGGAUAGAGAGGCCCAGUUGGCAAUUGAACCACUAAGGCCCAAAGGAAGGGAGUUUCUUUAGGAGAUUCUCAAGAUCCCUAAGCAGAAGAACUGCCAGGCACAGAAUGGAUUUGCCAACUUUGCUCACCUAUAAACCCAUCACAGCUGUAGCUGAGCUGAGAAUCUUUGAAUGGCUAUGUUAUCACUGCUUAAUUUGUCAAAAGGAAAUACCUCUAGCUUCUGAAUGACUGUUUGUAUUUUCUUUAAAUGUAAGGAUUUCUUUAGCAACUUUAGAUGCACUUUAAAAUUACAUAAAAAGAAAUUAUAUGAUGUAUUUAUCUUAAAGGGUGUGUUUUUUAUGCAGGGUGGCUCUUUAUUAAGAAUUGUUGUAAGAAAGCAACAGAUUUGUCAUAGUCCAUUCUGAUUUUCCUAAAUAUUCAAAAAUUGGUAGAUCUCAAAUGAUCAGUGUAGAAUUCUCUUCUGGCAAUAAGCUUAUAUUGCUCAAGUGAAAAUUUGUCCAUAAUGUUAAAACAUGAACCUUGUGAGUGGUUUGGGUCAACCUGAAAUAUCAAGCUAGUGUCCAACCUGUUUAUUUAUUGCUAAUAAUUACAAUGUAUUUUGACAAAUGAUUUUGUGAGCAAGCUAGUUUGAUUUUUUUUCAGUCUAUAAAUGAUUCUUUUUAUAAAAAUCACACAAAAAGAUAGAAAACGUAAAUGUAUUUCUAUGUGGGACUUCUAACAGUAGACUUAAGGAACUAGCCACAUUUUUCACCUAGCUAGAGCAUUUGAUCUUUUUUUUGUUUGUUUGUACUAUAAUCUGUCUUUGGGGUAGUACUGACCAAUGUGAUCUUUUCUAUUAUAACGUAUCUGUUUUUGCUAAACGUUGUCUUUAAGUGCAGUGCUUUCAUGUUUUCAUUUCAUAUGCCAUGGUAGCAUCCAGCUUUGUACAACAUUCCCACUUCUAGUCUCCAAAAAUUCCAAUAUGGAGAGGUUAGAUGAGUGAUGCAUCAUGCUGUCAGAACAGUAGAGGGGAACAAGGGCCACUUUGUGAAGCUUGAUAGAGUUCUGUAGAGCAUACCGUGAAGGGAUACUUUUUAGUCAUCCUAUCCUGCCAUGGGGUUAUAAGCAGACCUUACAAUGGACAUUAAUAGGGACUUGUGUAUAAAAAUUACUGGAACAACUUGACCCCUUAUUUUGGCCCUGUAAUUCUUAUAGGAUCAUUUAAUCAGCUAUUACCUAUGACUUCUGGAUGUACCAUCCAUCAUGAAAACAUAAUUUAAAGCCCUGAUCCAGCAAGGCAUUUGUGGUUCAGGACCCUAAUGUGUAUACAGAUGGGUAACCUUUGUUGGUUGGAGUGCAGACUAAAAGGCACUGACCUACUAGAAUUUGCAUUGCUAUCACUUCUUAAGAUGGAUAAAUAUAGAGUUAACCAUUCUCUGUUUAAUUUUUGGCUUUGAAAGGAAAAAAAGAAAACAGCAUAUGGAUUUUCUGAUUCGGGUCCAGAUUCUCAAUUGGUAUAAACCAGAAUAUCUUUAUUUAUUAGAAUAAAACUAUGGUAUCCCAGACCAGCUGAGAAUGUGGUUGUCUGUAUUUAGCAUACCUAAAAUUGGUGAAAAAUGUCAUCAUCUUGUUAUGUUUAGUUUAACACACAAUUGCUUUCCCGUUUCCAGAUAUUGUGCCAGACAUGGUACAUUUAUGGUUGCCUGUCUGAAAUAUUAUACUUUUAAUUCUGUAGUAGCAGCUGUAUUUUUUUAAUGAAAGCCAAAUUGAACUUUUUUGAAUGUUUGUAGAAAAUAUUUCUUAGAUUUACAGUUGCACUGUUUGCUUUCUUAAAAGGUGGAGGUUAACUCUACAGUAUGAUGUGACUAACUUAUUUGAUCUCUGUACUUUCUCUUACUAAAAGCUCCUUGUAACAUCUAAGGUGCGUAAUGGGAUUGUUCUGCUUCAUGAUUGUAAUGACAUUUUCUUGUAGUAGUUUAUUUAGAUCUAGUAAAUGCAAAAUGCCUAUUUUGUAGCUGAUGAUUUUAAUAAAAAGUGAAGUAAGUGAUACUCUUUUAAA